AUGGCUACGGGAAAAACAACAGCUACGGGCCUCGAGGGGCAACUCUCCGACAACAUCGUCGUUGAACGCCGUGAGGUCGCAGAACAGGGCAAGCUCGAUGCCAAGGAGGCUUCCAUGGAGGCCGCGGCCAAGGGCCAGGGCAUCUCUGGCUUCGAAACGCUCGGCCUGUGGGAGACCGUCAAGGCGUUCAAGGUUUGCACUGCGACGUGCUUCCUCGUCGCCUUCAGUGCGGCCACGGACGGCUACCAGAUCGGCAUGAAUGGAAAUAUCGUCGCCAACCCGGGUUUUGUCAGGCAAUUCGCGACAGAGACCAACGAUGCGGGCGAGCCGUUCCUCGCGUCGCCCAUCUUGAGUGCGUGGGGAUCCAUCAUGUCAGUCGGCCAGAUUAUUGGCAUGACCUCCCUGCCAUUCCUUUCUGAACGUUUCGGCCGCAAGGCCGCCAUGUACGCAUUCUGGUUCGUGCUCGCCAUGAGCGUGCUCGCUGAAUCGCUUGCCCGCUCGUGGCCCGUCUGGCUCGUGGCCAAGCUCCUUUCCCGGCAUUUGGUGUCGGCUGUCUGCAGAGCACCAUCCCGACUUACAUUGCCGAGACAGCCCCCCUUUUGGUUCGGCCUUGGCAACUUCUUCGCCCCCGUGGCGCUGCAGGUGCACUCCAAGGUCGAUGCCGACGACUGGCUGACGCCCGUGUACACGCAGUGGGCGCAGAUUGGGCUCAUGCUCAUCAUCUUCCUGUGCGUGCCCGAGACGCCAGCGUGGUGCGUCACCCGAGGCUACGAGUCGCGAGCGAAAGCCUCAUUGCGCCGGCUGCACUGGGAAAUCAAGGACUACGACCUUGAGUACCAGUAUCAGUUGCUCGUCAUGGCUGUGGACCACGAGAUGGAGGUGGCGCGGGCUUCUCGGAACGAGAAGUGGUGGUCCAUUUUCAGGGGCACCGAUGGGAGACGCACCCUCACGGCGCUGUGGACGCUCAUGACGCAGCAAUUCAUCGGCUUGACCCUCUUCUCGACCUUCGCAUCGUAUUUCUUCCAGCAGGCCGGUGUGGAGGAUCCGUUCCAGGCGACCUGCAUCACGUCCGGUAUCAACAUUGCCGCCAACUUGAUCUUCAUCUUGAUGGCUGACAAAUUCGGUCGGAGGAAUAUCUCAUGCGGCGGUUCAACGCUGUGCUGGGCGGCAUGCACAGCCAUAGGCAUUCUGGGCGUGGUUCCGCGGGUGAAGGCGACCGAAUACCUGCUUGUCCUCUUCGCCUGUCUUUGGAAUAUUGGCAUGACAGCCAACGGUGCGACAGGCUGGGGCUUUAUCGGCGAGAUCUCCUCUCAACGUCUUCGCCCCUACACCGCAGGCUUCGGCGCGGCGUCAACAUGUGUCGCGGGCGUCGUGAUGAAUGUGCUGACGCCCUACAUGGUCAAUGACAACGAGUGGGGCUGGGAGCUUAAGACGGGCUGGUUCUAUGCUGGCCUGGGCGCGCCGUUUGUUGUGAUCAUGUGGUUCCUGAUCCCCGAGACCAAAGGACGGUCGGCUGCUGAACUGGACGAACUUUUUGAACGCAAAAUCAAGCACUGGCGAUUUCACAAGACCCAGACUGCGACGCAGACGGCGCUGCUCUCACGCCACGAGUAG